AUGUACAAAGCACAAAUCUUUCAUGCUUCUAUUAUCAAGAAAGGCCUCCAAAGCCAUGUCUAUCAGUCCAACCUCCUCCUUAAAGCCUAUUGCAAAUCCCAAGCUUUAUCUGAUGCUCAUAAGCUUCUUUCACACAUGCCCAACCCAAAUGUGGUGUCUUAUAACACCAUCUUGUCAGGCUGUUUCAGCUCCGGGAUAGCAUCAGAGGAUUUGAGCCUCUUUGACAACAUAUCCAGAAAUGAUUGCCAGUCAUGGAAUAUUGUAAUAUCUGGUUGUGUUAGGAACCUAAUGUUUCAAGAAGCUUUGACCCAUUUUGUAAAAUUACGUAGCAGUGAGGUUAGGCCUGAUAGUUUUACUUAUUCAAUUGUAGUUCCUUGUUGUGAUGUGAUUUUGGGUCAACAAGUUCAUGCCGAUGUUGUGAAGAUUUGUUCUGUUUCGGAUGUAGUUUUGGGAACUAAUCUUGUCAAGAUGUAUGGAGGAGUUGGCAGAAUGGAUGCUGCCAAGAAAUUGUUCGAUGAAAUGCCUAAGAGAGACUUGGUUGCAUGGAAUGCUUUGAUUUCGUGUUAUUCCAAGGCUGGCAUGGGUGAAAAAAGCUUGAUGUUAUUUCAGCAGCUUGGUAAAGAAGGGAUUCAAGCUGAUGAAUAUACCUACGCUAUUGUUUUGAAUGAACUUGUUUCCUGCUUUCAAGUGUUGCAAGCAAUGCAAAUGCAUGCCAUUAUCGUUCAUCGUGGUUUAUGUACAGAUAAUUUUAUUAAUAAUUCCUUGGUGGAGUUGUACUCGAAGUGUGGCUUUGUUACCUCAUCGUUGGCAUUGUUCAACGAGAUACCUGACCAUGAUGUUGUUGCUUGGACAACGAUUAUCACAGGGCUUUCUGGAAAUGGAAACAUGGAGUAUGCAAGAUGGUUGUUUUACAAAAUGCAGUUGGCAGGCGUGGAGCCAAAUUCUUUUACUUUCUCCAGUUUGCUUAGUGCCUGUGCAAACAUCAAUGCACUUCAAAGGGGAAAACAGCUUCAUGGUCUUGUACUGAAACAUGGGUUGGAGAAUGAUGUGGUUGUGGGUAGUGCAACCGUAGAUAUGUACUCCAAGUGCGGCGACAUGGAAGAUGCAUUAACAAUGUUCAAAAUGAUGCGUGAGAAAGAUACCGUUUCUUGGAAUGGAAUUAUAUGUGGGUAUGCUCAGAAUGGCAAAGCUACAAAUGCUUUAAAGCUUUUUGAUGAGAUUGUGAAAUUGAAGUCACCAAUUGUAGCUCCAAAUGAUGUCACAUUCAUAGGCGUGCUUACUGCAUGUAGCCAUAAUGGUUUGCUAAAGGAGGCUUAUGGUUAUUUCAAUGACAUGAAAGGGCUAGUAAAGGAGGCUGAGGCCCUGAUGCUGAAUUUGCCCUUUAAGCCUGAUGAGGUAUUGUGGUCCUCAUUACUUGGAGCCUGCAAACUACAUGGAAAUCUCCAAACUGGAAUAAGUAUUGCUGAUUGCCUUUAUGGUGAUGAACCAUGGAGUUCCUCAGACUAUGUGCUUCUUGCUAAUUCAUAUGCUUCAAUUGAUGGGUGGAAUGAAGCUAGUGAAAUUAGGAAAAAGAUGAAUUCAAAGGGGGUUCGGAAGAAUGUGGGAUGCAGUUGGAUUGAGAUUGGAAAUUGUAUGCACUCUUUUAUAGCUGGUGAUAAGUCACACCAACAAGUGAAAUUGAUUUAUGAAAUUAUAAGAAGAAUUUAUAUGCAUAUGGAGGGAAAGUAUGAUAAUGUUGUGUUGAAUUUUCCAUUCAAUUGA